UCGAUUUUGGGGGUCCAAUGUGAAGUGCAGAAGCAGCUGAAGUCUUUUGUCACUCUCGAGCGCUUCGAACAGAUCUACAGCUCCAGCAUCGCCGGGUGCCAGCAGGUCAAGAAGAACAAGAACUUUGCCUCUGGAGGCUCUAUCUUCGGCAAAGGCGUCAAGUUCGCCAUGAAGGACGGGCGCGUGGCCACCGACAUCAUCAGCGUGGCCAAUGAGGAUGGGCGGAGGAUUGCGGCCAUCCUGAACAACGCCCACUACCUGGAGAACUUGCAUUUCACCAUUGACGGGGUGGACACGCACUAUUUCAUCAAGCAAGGGCCAUCGGAGGGUGACCUGUCCAUCUUGGGUCUCAGCGGUGGACGGAGGACCCUGGAGAAUGGCGUGAACGUAACGGUGUCGCAGAUCAACACAGUGCUAAAUGGAAGGACUAGACGUUACACAGACAUCCAGCUCCAGUACGGCGCGCUGUGUUUAAACACUCGCUACGGGACCACCUUGGACGAGGAGAAGUCCCGCGUCCUGGAGCUGGCCCGACAGCGCGCGGUGGCCCAAGCUUGGUCCCGGGAACAGCAGAGACUACGGGAUGGGGAGGAGGGUAUUCGCUCGUGGACAGAAGGGGAGAAACAACAAGUGCUAAACACGGGCCGGGUACAGGGCUACGACGGCUAUUUUGUGAUCUCAGUGGAGCAGUAUCCCGAACUCUCAGACAGCGCCAACAACAUCCACUUCAUGAGACAGAGCGAAAUGGGCAGAAGGUGACAGAGAGGGGCGAUGCGGUGACUUCUUGCCAAAGACAGCUACUCUUUUGUGGCCACUUACCUGACUGUGUUGUACUCAAUCCUUUUUCUAAACUGAACAAGGUGGGGGGGAGGAAAAUAGAAAGAGAAGGAUUAAUACGGUUGCACUGUAACUCAUGCAACAUAUUUUUUUUUUCCCCCUCUUUAAUUUGGCCUUCACACGUUUUUUUGCAAUGAACAGAAGGUAUAUUUUGCCGUCGUGUGAUCACAGUGAAAUUUACUGUCUCUUGUCCUUUUUUUAAAUUUUGUUUUCUUUUUUAUUUUUGCCCUCCCUUUGUGAGGAAUUUGAAGUGGGGAGUCGUCAACAUACGUCCUUAGGUGUGAAGUGCGAAAUGGGUGUCUGUGCUAACUUGUGUCAUCCUAACCCUUUCUGAUUUGGGGCAGGGACAGAUAGCCUUCCACCCGAAACACGGGGAGCCUGCGGCGCGCUGGAGAGCUCUUCCCAAGAAGAAAGGAGAUGGAAGACGACGCUGAUUCUGAUACUCUUGAAAGCAACCGUCCAAAUCAUGUGCCUCAAAAGAGACCUUACGAGUAGUUUUCAUGUUUCACUUGGGACAUAAAGUGUUUUUUUGGGGGCUCCUGCUGAGCAGAAGUAGAUUAUAGCAGCAAAGGAGCUGAUUAUAUUAACUUGCAAGAUGAUUCUCUUCCUUCCUGAACUGGAAUAAAAAAAGAAAAAAAAUCAGUCUUUUUUCAUUACGAGAGUAGAUACUUUUUGGGUUUGUUUGUGUGUGUGCAAAUCCUGGUUUUAGUUAAAAAACCUGGCAAAAGCCAAGAAAGGGACUCCUGCUCUAUUGAGAAAAGCUGAAAUAAAACCUCUCUCUCAUACGUAGAGCUGUUCUAUAGGUGGAUUUAAUGCACCCAUGUUGUACAUUUGCUAAUGGCAUAACUUCAUUAAAUGUAUAGUGUU